AUGAGCUCUAGUCUUUCUUCUACAUCUCGAAGUCGGCGGACAAGAUCCACAGCAGCGACGAGUGUUGGCUCCAAAACCAGGAAAUCUUCUGCAUAUAACGACGAUUUCGAACAACAUCUUGUCGACCACGGUAUAUAUCCUGAAGGAUAUGAGCAUCCCGAGAGUUGCUCCACCCCCGAGCCCGCCAAUUCGAGCCUAACCCAUCAAGAGCUACUCAAUUCCAGGGCCUCUCUAUCGCCGUCGGUCUUCACUGAGUCGGUAUUCCGUGACUUUAAACGGAAGAACAAGACUAAAUCAGAGGGUAGUGUAAUGCGUAAUGUGAUUCCAAUGAUCGCUGGGAGCACAAAUAUCGCAAACGAGGGUGAUAUGCCGUUCACGAACCUCCUUUCGCUUACCGAUGAUUCCACGGUAAAGGUGGUACCAGACUUCUUUGACGGAGCAAGAGCCAGCGAAGUCCAUGGUAAAGUUAGGCAUACGCUUAACGAGCUCAUUGUUCCCACAAAGCAUGCGAACGUUCCAAUUGCCCCCAACUUCUUCCUAGAAGCCAAGGGCCCAGACGGAGGCGCUUCCGUAGCCCAGCGGCAAGCUUGUUACGAUGGAGCCCACGGAGCCCGCGCUAUGCACGCUUUACAGAACUACCAAGAGACGGAGCCAAUAUUUGAUGGCAAUGCAUACACCUAUAGCUCGACCUACCAUUCUGGCACAGGUACUCUUCAGCUCUAUGCUCAUCACGUUACAGCGCCUGCUGCCGUCAAUGAGAGGCCCGAGUACCACAUGACCGAGAUCGAUGGAUGGCAAAUGACAGGCAAUAUUAACUCCUUUCGGCGCGGAGCGAUCGCGUUUCGGAACGCUAGAGAUUUGGCGCAACGACACCGGAACUCCUUUAUUCAAGCCGCGAAUGCCAGAGCCACCCAGGCGAUGCCAGUCGUGCAGGAAGACGUUGCUGAGACGCACGAAGGCCUCGAUGACUCUCCUACCCCUCACGACUCCAGAGAUGAUCCAGCAUACAUGACCCGGCAGGAUGCGGAUGACACGCUUCAGCAACAGCUUGCCUUUGAAGAUGAAACUGAAGCGAUAUCUACUUAUGUGGACGAAGGCUCGCCAAAUUCAGGCCAGGAACUAGAACCACCAACUCUCAGCAAAGCUCCGACGCAGAAACGUUCCAGACAUUCCACAAGUCCGCCGUCUUCUUCCAAGAGAACUCUCUCGUCUCAAGGUUGA